UCCGGCGAGCCCCUCGCGCUGGCACAGCCAGGUUCAGAACGGACAGGGAGGAAAGGACAACGAACACCACACGAACCUACCUGCGACCCGGCUGCGAGCUCCGGAUAGCGACGGCGGCAACAGCAAAAGGUGAGCAUCAGAGAGUACACGCCUAGAAAGGACACUACCACAGAAGACUAGAGUGCCACCCCAGCAACAACGCCGCCGGAACUGAGCGGAAACGGAAUGGGCCCCGAAGUCCUGUCAUUAAAGCUGUCCGGGUGCACAUUGUUUGUCCACUCUUUCCAAGGUCACCCACGUGCGGGUGGUGGGGGACCAAGCUGAAGAAGGUGGCGCGUGCCGCUGGAAGGAUGCUGCGUUCGACGGUGGCGGUUGUGGCGUUGGUCCCGCCUGCCCUUUCAGGGCGUCAGUUGAUGUUGACAGCUCUGGGUCUGUGCUGUGGGCAGCGGUUCUUGGUGCGAGGCCUGGCGGGUCAAAGUGAACAGCGCCGUGGCCCGGAAAAGCGCUGCUUCCCUCUGUGUAUACCGGAGGUGGCUGAAACGGCCCGGGUGGUCGCUGAGAAGACAAGGGCCCCGCCGCCGCUGCGAAGGUUCAUUGCCUGCCCGGAGCUGGCGCAUGCUGUACUCUCCAGUUUGCAUAGAGGGAGGUGCUCUGAGAUGCAGAAGACCGUUGUGCUGGAAUGCGAGCCAGGUCCUGGAGUCUUAACCCGAACAUUACUCAAUGCUGGUGCCCGUGUGAUCGCUCUCGAGAGUAAUAACUCCUUUCUUCCUGACUUAGAGAGGCUAAAGAAGAAAUUAGAUGGCCAACUGGAAUUGGUGCAUUGUGACUUCUUCAGAUUGGACUCUGUGAAUUCUGAAUUCAUGAAGCCACCUGUUAUGUGUUCUGAAACACUUUUUGAGAACUUGGGCAUCUUGACUGUUUCUUGGACAGGAGAUACACCUCUAAAAGUGAUUGGAAUUGUCCCACAAAAAAGAGAAAGGAGCCUACUUUGGAAGCUUGUCUAUUCCUUAUAUGAGCGCAGUUCUAUAUAUAAACAUGGAAGAACAGAACUGAACCUGUUUGUCAGUGAAAAAGAAUACAAGACUCUUGUUGCAGAGCCUGGAGAAGCAAGAGCAUAUCAAGCAUUAAGUGUACUUUGGCAAACAGCCUGUGAUAUUCAGCUUCUGCAUAUGGAGCCUUGGUCUUCAUUUUUAACUAAUUCAAGAAAUGGUAGACUCGCUGUACCAAAGAGUGUGUUGCUGCAGAAUGACCACUUAUGCCUAAUACGACUGACACCCCGGAAGGACUUAUUUACAGACAGCUUUACAACCGCUAAUUCAAGCAUAUUUGUUGUGAUGGUCAAGCAAUGUCUUGCUAAACACAAGUCUAAACUAAUAGAUAAAUUAAAUGUAUGGAGUUCUGACAGUGGGAAGAAACUGUUGAGACAGUUAGAGAUACCAGAAAACAUUACAACAGGUAGUUUAUAUCCAGAACAGUACAAAAGCCUUUUUGAAAUUAUGGAACAAUCUAAAGAAUUUGACCAAAGCUGGCUCUAUGUUCAUGAUACCUUUGAAGACAACAGGGGCAUCAUUUUUUAAAUUGAAACCUGUUUAUUUGGGAGUAUUGUGAAUUAGAAUGAAUGAAAUCUCAUUAUCAACUAGGAUGAUAAAUCAUCAAAUAAAGAUGACACCACUUGAAAAUCCAAGAUCUUACAGAAACAAGCUAAGCCAAUAAGUUGGGUCCUCCACGGAUAAUUUCAAGGCUCUGCAUUUUCUAAGGUGCAAAGGCAAAAUCCUUUGCUGUCCGAAAUAUGGUGAACUGUUCUUAGUCCUGUUUUUAGCUCUUGCAUUGAAGCUGAGUUACAUUUUGAAUGCAGGGCAAAUAAGGCAUACUCUACAUAUUUUGAAAAACUGCAAGAGCUUAAAAUGCAUAGACACACUAUUUGUAAGAACUAUUUUCACAAAAACAUAUACUCUGAACCAAAAUUUUACCAAAAGAGACAAGCCACAGGAGGCAAAAGAAAGGAAAUGUGCAUUUUUUGUUUAAAGACUUGUUCUCACUUGAGUUACACUAGAUCUGCCCCCCCAUUUUUUUUUGCAAACAUCCCUCUGCCCUAUUGUAUAAAUAGAAGUACAUAUUAUGUGAAUAAACUUCAGUUAUCCUGUUUUCUGACCAGGAUGGUAACUACUAUGUAAACUGUUAGUGACUUGUUUCAUCACAAGCCUUUUUCUAAUUUAUAGAAAUGUAAAUAUUUGUAUUAAAAAUAAAACUCUAUUUCUAGCCAAGAUAACAA